AUGAGAAGUCGUUUUGGGCACAAGGAAAAGGAUAAGGUAUUGGAAAGGGCCAGCAAGUCAUGCCAAAGCUUCUUAGAUCUUCGCGGGCAGAACAUCACAAGUGUACCUCAAGAGGUUUUGACCAAGCCUCUCAUACUCAACUUGAGAGUCCUAGAGCUAAGUUAUAAUGGCCUUCAGUCAAUACCAAGAGAAAUCUGCUACCUGGUUUGCUUGGAAGAACUUUAUUUAGGAAAAAAUGAUCUGAAAACAUUGCCCAGAGAUUUUGGCAAAUUGUCUACACUAAAGAAGCUUAGCCUGGUGCACAAUGGUUUUCAGGAGAUUCCCUUCUGCCUCUCACAUCUUCCUUUACUAGAAUGGCUCAAUUUUUCUGGUAACGUUAUUGAGAUUAUUCCACCGUGGUUGCUAUCCUUGCCACAUCUUCGCCACCUCUAUAUCCUCUAUAAUCUGGUAGAGAAUAUUCCUAGAGAAGUGUAUAUACAUGGAAUUGAGAAAAUGCGCAAGUACUUUAGAAUAAAGACCAUAAUGACAGUUGAAAGCGAAGGUGCAGACUUGAAUUACCACCUUUUGCUCUCUCCUACAAGAAAAAGUUUGCCCUCUUGUAAAGUGAAACUCCGCACAAGGCAUCCACACAGCUGCGAUUGUGAUCAGGAUUUAUUGCCAUAUCACCCAGUCACAGAAUCCAAAAGCUUGCCUAACGAGGUACCUCCUGCAAGUAUUUCUAAAUGUUUGUCAAAUGAUCUAUUCAAUCCAGCUGUGCCACCCUCUGAGAGCCCACUCGGCCCAGGAUACUCAGACCAGCACCAACACACAGUGUCAGGAUUAAUGGCAUCACAGCUCAAUCAACUGAACCUCAUAAAAGAGCAAAAAGAAAAGAUCCUGCUGAGGCAAGAGAUAAGAAAGCUUAACAUUGACUAUCUUCAACAAAAGAAAAACCAGCAUCAACCUGAAAAGGUUUUAUUCUCAAGGAGGAAGUUAGAUUUUAGUCUUGAUUUAGAGAACCUUGGGAAAAGACAUAGGUGUAUGACAACUAGUGAGUAUGGAACAUGCUCAUCUUUUACAGAAAGUGCUGACAUGGCAAUGCACUCGCCUUUACUCAGAAAAGAUUCAUUCUUGAGUUAUCAGUCAAUAUCAGAUGAUGCUGUAAACAACAAUGAAGCUUUAAGAAUAAGAAACCUCUCGAGUGAUGACAACAGUUCAUGCUUGAGUGAUAUCUCUGAUGAUCAUUAUGAUGUUGAUUCAGAGGUGGAGUCACUCCCUGACAGGCGUCGACACAUAACUCUUGGAGACAUCUGUGUCAUCAUUCCUGAGGAAAACCUGUCUGGGUAUCUUCAGUGUGAAUUCACUCUUGAUGUUGUGGAGGAUGUGUCACUCCAUCCUAAGCUUGGUCAUCUUCAAGUUGUUGCAAGUGAAGUAAUUGAGAUGGAACCACAUGGAGCAAGAUUUUAUGAAGGUGAUCCCGCUAUUAUAAGCCUACCUUAUGACGUCAGAGUGGGAAAGAACGAUCAUGUGAUAUGUCUUUGCAGUGACACAGGUGUUGGACAAAGGGUAAAAUGGGAUAGAAUGAGCCCUGAGGACUACAAUGUGUUUGCUUCGCAUGUGGAGAUCAAAGCCUACCACUUCAGUCUCUUUGCUGUUGUUGUUUCAAAAGGCUACCCUGAGGCUCGCAAGACUAUCAGGGCUGGAGUUGGUGGUUGUCUUUAUGUUUCUGAAGUUCCUGGCGUGGAAGUUCUUUUUCCAGAAACAUCACUGCUUUAUGACAUUGAAGCCUCCAUCAAGGUCCUUUAUGCAGAUGAGCCUUAUAAUGUGGAUCAUUCAGAUGCAGAUGCACUUGCUCUUGCUGCACCUGUUGUCAAGUUGGGUCCUCAUGGCUGUGUCUUCAAUCCUGACACAUACGAUUUUGUGACUGUUCGUUUGCCAUUACCAGAUGGCAAGGAAAUUCAAGAGAGGUAUGGAGACAGACAGCUUACUUUCUGGUGUAGCUCCACUGUGGAAGGUGAAGAACUUACCUGGGAGCAAUUCCAGCCUAACUUUAUGCACAUUGAUAAUGACAAUGAUAAUCUUUGCUCAGUAUAUUUCUCUGUGGAGCAUUUCUCAUACUUCAGAGUUUUAUGGGACAUCAUUGAUUCAGUCCUGUGGGAAGCAAAGCUUGGUGUCUCCAGCCUUAUACCCUUGUUUCACUUUAAUGUGUCCUUUCAAGCAUUGAUGUCAGAAAUCAGCAGCAUUGGAGGAAGGUUUGGAAUCUGUGUAGUGUGCUACAGAUUUGGAAAGCCUCUAGAGGGAAUUGGGAACUUUCCUCUUCUUGUGGGCAAGUGCAUUGCACCAAAGAUGUUAAGCACUGGAAAGUUAAAAAUUAGGUAACUAAGCAGAAUACUUGUAUUUGUUACUAUACCAUAAAAUCCCUGUAUUACUGAAAAGAUUUUCGUUAGGCACACAAUAAUUUUUUUUAACCCUUUAAGGCCCAAUAUCCACAUACAAAUUCUCCAAACUGAUCUCCAUACAUCUCCUUUAACAAUUAGUUGAGAGAAUUUGAUAAAAGAUCAAAGCAUUUUCUCUAUGGUGAUCAUUUUUUUAAUUCUCAUAACUUUAUCUCUUGACAGUGUAUGGAUAUUGUUAGGAGAAAAUUGCUGUUGGUCACUAUUGGUACUUAAAGGGUUAAUUCUUGGUACAGCAUGUUUUAAGUUUGCAAUUAGGUGUACAAAGACAUGUACAUGUAGUCUUCUCCUUUCUUUGUUUUAAGAAUGUGUUGAAAGUUAGUUUUUAAAGUCUUUGUCACAAACUACCAGAUUCAAAUAAAUAACAAUACAUAGUUUAAGAACAAUACUAAACAGCAUUAGCAAUGUCAAGAAACAGUAGAAGUCAAUAAGUACCUCGUUGUUAGUGAAGGGUGUGGCAUUUAUUCAGAGUAGGUGCUUAUUUAAGGUUAGCAUUCACUGGAGUCAAAUAUGGUCCAAAUCCUAGCAUUUAUUUCAUGAGCCAAUUUCUUGCAUACAAAACAAAAGCUAGUUUACAAAGGCAUGCAUCUCCUCUUGUAGUAUUGAAUAAGCAUGGAAAGGGUUAUUUUCAACCUUUAAUUUGUUUUCCUUCUUCAGCUGAUACAUGUUUACUUCAUUGAACUGAAGGGUCAAGAUAAUUAUGUACAUAUAGUUUGACAUUUGAAAACUUACUGUUCACUGUUUAUUUCCUUCAGACUUGAAUCACAUCAUUUUAAAGCAGACCCCUCAGUAGGGGUAAAGGAACUUGUGGCAGUAGAGAACUUCACUGGUCGACCAUUUGUGAUGCAGUUUGGAUGUAAAUUUACUGGCGAACCUCCUGAUCAUGGUAACUUUGGAAGCGUCAUUGUAGAGCAGCCAUCACAGUAUGGUGAAAACAAACCUGUUCUUUCCUUUCUUUUAAAUAAGGUAUGUCUACUAAGUAACAAAAAUUAUUGUUCAAUAAAUAAGCUUAGGGCCACAAGUUUUCUCACAAUUGAUAAAAAAAGCUGUGUAUAGAUUUGCUAGCCCAAGGAAACGGCUGACAUUUCCUGAUGCCAUCACGGGUUUCCUUGCAAAAUGACAUUUGAGGUAUGGGUGCAGAAAUUCCAUAAUAUAAAUGCAUCUCUAUGCAGAUCGAGGUAGUGCUUCUGAUUAAUUGAAAAUUUGCAUCAUCCAAUCAGAAGCAUUACCCAGAUCUGGAAAGUGACGCUCAUUGUUAUGGAAUUUCUGUACUGGUUCUUAGAUAUCAUUUCUUAGGGGAAGUUUACAUGCGAAAACUUGCACUGGCAAGUUUCAUACCGCAAUGACUUCUUGAUUUUGUAUCAUGUUUACAUGACUGAGUCACUUCAUAUCGUGUUUGUAUGAAGGUACACUUCAUGUUGAUAAAAUACACAUGCCAUUCAGAUUGGCAAAUACUACGCAUGUGCUACCCGUUCCAGUCUACCGGCAGACUGAUUUCACACCAGCAGAGUCAUCAUUUCGCCUUUACAUGUUACCGCUACAACAUUGCAUACUGGAGUGAAAUCCUCGCUCUGGUAGAACUGGGGUGAACUCACCUCGGUGUGACUUGCACCGGCUGACAUUUUGUGGUGGUAUCAUGUAAACAAAUACAGAGCCACGAGAGGGAACUGGAGUGAACUCACGCCGGUGCAAAAGUCGCCCCAGCGUCAUGUUAACACUCCCCUAGGGAAACCAGUGGUGGGCUCAGGAAAUGUAGGCUGUUUUCUAGGGCUAUAGAAUUGCCCAAUGGAAAAGUAACCAUGAUAGUGAUCAUACAGUAGUUUCCUGUAUGAACAAAUGCAUUGGCUUGGCAGUGAAGAUCACUGAUAUUUUCCAUUUGAUGAUCUGCACAAGGAACAUAUCUGUUUCACCAAGAUGCAUUUUGUUUUUAGCUUUUCUACAUGGAUAAACAUAAACACCUGGACCGAGUUGUUCAAAGCUGGGUUAAGAUAACCCAGGGUUAGUGCGAGAUUUAAAUUCAGAUUUGAAAGCUUAAACAGCAUUUCAGUUUUAAUUCUUUUUGUCUACAAGUUGAUGAUUAGAAGUUCUAAAAAUUACAGAGAAAAUUAUCCGAGAAAACGGUUUUGAACAUAAGAAAAAGAAACCCGGGUUAAGGGCUAAUCGGCCUUCGAACAACUGGGCCCUGGAGUGUUUCUUGUUUUAUAUACAUGUACUUGAGGUUUCUCACUUGAGAUUUGACCCUCAUUUGUACAGGAAGGUACAAGUUUCACUAUUUCUGUCACCAAAUUAUAGAAUCUUGCAACUAGAAAGCUCUUUUCAUUGUUAUCAGGGCUAGCAUAGAAUUUGGUUUUAUUCUUUGUCCAUUGCUUUCUCUGUCAUAGACUUAUACUUCUUGGCUCUAAGUUAUGGGUGCCUGUUAGUGAGUCUCAUUUCUAAUUUAUUUACACACAUUUUAUUUUAGCCUCGUGAUACUGAAGCAACAGACUGGUCCUCGGACUGGGAAGUACAGCUAACUAAAGCACUUACAGGUAAGUAAGAGAAACUGGUGUGAUAACGGCAAAUGCAUGAUACAGCUUAACUUCACUGUAGCUAAUGAAUACCUAGUGCUUUGUUUGUGUGCUUUAUUGUAGGGAAAAUUCAUCACAGGCACUGCCACUAUACAAUAGACCUUUCAACAGUUUUUUUAACUGGACAAGUUAGGGAAAAUCUGUCAACUGCACUGGAAUGAGUGCCUUUAAAUUACUAAAAUUGCCAAGUUUGAAGGUGACUUGACUUGUAGAAAACUAUCAAAGAUUUUGUUCAGCAAAGUUUCGAAAUUUUAGACAUUUGUAUGGUGGGGGGUACAAACUUGCCCCCUACUAACCAAAUGUCAGUAAAUUUUUGCAACUUUGCAAAGCUGUAUCUUCGUACAUUUAAGAAGUAUCGUUUUUAAACUUGGCAAUUUGACUAAUUUCCAGUGGUCUCAACCGAUUUUCCUUAACUGGUACAUAUCAAAAGUUGAAAAAAACGUGGAAUCACGUAUUAUUUAAGAGUUCAGUCUUUCUUCCCUAGGUGUCCUUGGCUUUAAAAUUCAGUUCUUUACGUCAAAAUGCAGACUUGUAUUAACUGACAGACUGAUUGUCUUAAUUCUAGAAUUGUUGAGUAUUAAGGCUGAGAAAGACAUGGGGGAUGAGGUCUGGCAAGAAGUUGCAGAGAAUGUGGGUUACACUCCAAAAGAAAUAAGCAACUUCAGUGGUUGUGACAAUCCUAUGGCAGCUGUUAUGGCUCACUACAAACGACGUGGAGGGACAGUACAUAAGUUCAUCUCAGCUCUUUUCAAAACUGGCUCACCUGGCAGCCUGAUUAAACGACACAUGUCAAAUAGAACUGAGAUGGCAAGAGUGAUGGAUGAAGAGAGAUCUGGUGAGAUGAUGACUGAGGAAUAAAGUUAAUAAAUAAAUAAAGGGUGCAUGGAACAAGGCUCUAAGUGACUCUUGAUAUACUAUUAAAUCCUUGUUGUGUUUCUUAAGAAAUGUCAGGCAAUUUAGAAGGACGAUCUAGCAGUCUUUCAAUAUUGACCAACGUGUAGGGCUUUUCUCCACAAACCAUAAAAUAAUGGUGACUUUGACUUUGUUGCUAAACUGUGUUGUCCAUAAUAUUAGACACACUACCCAACACAUACAGCUGUAUUUGAGCAUGAAGUAUCAUUAUAAAAACUAACCAUGAGUUACACUAUACUGUUGAAUUAUGUCAGUUUGUUCUCAGUUCUUUUCCUUUUCUGUUGAAUUACAUAUUAAGGGUUUUUAAGUUCUUUUAUAGUGCGAAGGCAUUUGGAAAGCAUAAAAUAAUAACAUAAUACUAUAUUAAACAACCUGAAGUAAAUUUCAUCAUUAAUAAUAGAAAUGGAACCAAAGAUAUGCCCCUGUGUAAAAAAGAAUGCAAGAAAACGAAGACUUCAAGAAUCCAUAAACUGGGAAGAGAAGUUUCAAGAUCUUGCACAGAAACUUGUUGGAAAUAGCAAAUGGCGACAACUUGGCCGUGUGUUGGGUGUUGGUGAGAGCAAGAUUAAGGAAAUCGAGAAUGACUGCAGCAAGGAUGGUGUGCAGGAGAUGGCAUACCAAGUGUUGGUAGCAUGGCGCGAUCUUUAUCCAGAUAGAUGCAAUCUGAGUAAUAUUUCAUCUGCACUGUGCAAAAUUGGACUCAAUUCUGUAGCAAGACAAUGCUGUCUUGCAGUUGAGAUGGGUUGAUGUACAAUGUUCAAGUCAGUCAUGUAAAGUAAUCAGGGCAGAGGUGUUUUAAUGUCAGUACUACUGUUUACUUCAUAUACAUGUACACUGUUACAUGUAGUUGAUUGACUUAGAUCCAUGAACAGGGCUCAUUGUACAUGUAACCAAUUUUGUUGUAGUAGUUUUAUAAAUUUUAAAAAUCACAAUGCAGCAAUGGCAAACUGUUAAUUUCGUUGUUCAGUAUUUAGUCGUUGCUAUUUCAUGAAAUUUUUAGUGGCUUGCAGAUUUCCCUUUCAGAGUACAAUGACCAAAAUUUUUUAUAAUAUAAUUUUUUGGAGACACACGUCAUACAUUUCCAACUCUCAUUGAUAUUGUUUUGUAACAUUUCCUUAUAUUAUUUUAUUUUAUCAAAGCAGCUGGCUGCUUAUUAGAUUUUGUUUGCAGAACUCUAUGUAUUGAAAAUAUUUUUCAGUCAGUGUAACCAUCCUGAGGGCUGGCCUCAGCAAAAAAUUCUGCAAGUCAGAAUUUUUUUGCCAGGAAGGGUUUACAUUUGGUAAUGCAUUUUGUUAUUUUGCAUUAAUUUUGAUGUCUCCGUUAUGUUUUUGGUAAGAGUUAUCUGAUGUCAAGCAUAAAAGAUCUUUUAAGUUUAUAUAUUACAGGGCUGUCACAAAGAUUUCAGGUUG